UUUUCAGUGUCAGAGCUCAGUCUGUUUUAAGAAGUUUUCCGAGUGACAGCUGUGGACAUGAGGACCCUGCUGGCUCUAAAUGUACUACUGGGUGCUGUAAUGAGCAGCACCACAGUUAAUCAGAUAUCAAGCUUACCAGGAACAGCCAUUUCCUUGCACUGUACUGCCACAGGACCGUCUGUAAAUUGGCUCUGGAUUCCAAAAUACCACAAAUGUGCCGGAUUUCAAGGAUCACUGAAAGUAAUCUACAGUGUCGGUCAGACUGGAGUUCAUAAAAUGGAAGUCGAGGUCUUUAAGAACCGAUUGGAAGUGAUCAGUGAUAUCAAGACAGGGACGAACUCUCUGGUGCUUAAAGAUGUGGUGGCAAGUGAUUCAGGGCGCUUCACCUGCUGCGAUCGAAAUGGAGGAAGGGAGACCUAUGAUCUUCAGGUGAAAGCAGGUUGCUAUAAAAACAUUAAAAUCACCAGUUCGAAAUUGCCUAGGCUGGGAGGCCAUGUUACUCUGUAUUGCUCCUCCUGUACCAGUGAUCCACUAACUAAAAAUAAUACAUUUGCCUGGAACUUCAAUGGAAAACCCAUCUCUUACACUCCAGAAGUUAUUGAAGGGAAAAGAACGCUGACUAUAUCGCAGGUAAGAGACAUCCAUGAAGGGAAAUGGAGCUGCCAGUCUGUGAAAGACCCCUCUCAACACUCAGAAUACUGUCUAGACUUGGGAUCACAGGCUGGGCAAAGGCACAAGGGGCAACAGAUCACAUCACAGGCUACCUGCAUCCCCUCGACAACAGAGAAAGCUGCUUCAGACAAACCAGCACAAGGAGAAGCUGGUGGUUGGAAUGGUUCCUUGGUGCCAGUGGUUGUUAUUGUGCCAUUAAUCGCUAUUACAGUGCUGUUGACUCCUGGAGUAUGGCUCUGCAGAAGAAAGAAAUCACUCAGGAUGAAGCAAAGGGAAAAUGUAACUGUUGUAGACCCCUCUAAAUCAGCUACACACUCCACCUGCUCCACCACCCUCUGUGGAGAGACUUCACAAGCAACGACAGUCACUGCACAGGUCUUGAAGGAUGAAAUUCAGUAUGCCUCCCUCGAUCAAUCGCAGCUAAGAAGUAAGCAGACAAGACCUAAAGCUGGUAGUAAGGUGCAGUAUGCCUCUAUUGAUCAUCUCCAACCAACCAGAAAUCACCUGCCUGCUUCUGAAGACUGCACCCUGUAUUCUACUGUUUGGGGAGAUUGAGCACCAUAGGUGUAAGUGGGUUGUCCAACGCAUGAUAUUAGCUGUACCGUACCAUUCUCUGCCAUUUGUCAUACUUACCACAUGCUAUUACUGGACGUUACUCAUAGAAGCAAGUUUUAUUUUUUUUUAUUUUUUUUACUGUAAGUUAACUGCUCUUAGUCGAACUCGCUCUUAAAUGUAAUUACUUACUGCAUUCUUUAUUUUGCUCUUAUUUGAAUUUGAUCUUGUUGUACUUUGCAAUGGCUCUUACCUGUAAUGUGACAUUCUGUAAUGUGAUAUUGAGGGCAGCAGUGUGGAGUAGUGGUUAGGGCUCUGGACUCUUGACCGGAGGGUCGUGGGUUCAAUCCCAGGUUGGGGACACUGCUGCUGUACCCUUGAGCAAGGUACUUUACCUAGAUUGCUCCAGUAAAAACCCAACUGUAUAAAUGGGUAAUUGUAUGUAAAAAUAAUGUGAUAUCUUGUAACAAUUGUAAGUUGCCCUGGAUAAGGGCGUCUGUUAAUAAAUAAAUAAAUAAUAAUAUUGUAUAAUGUGAUAAUUUGCAAGGAGAUCGUUUGUAAUGUGAUCAUUUCUACUGUGAUGCUUUGUAACAACUGUACGUCACCCUGGAUAAGAUAGGAGGCUGUGUGGUCCAGUGGUUAAAGAAAAGAGCUUGCAACCAGGAGGUCCCUGGUUCAAAUCCCACCUCAGCCACUUACUCAUUGUGUGACCCUGAGCAAGUCACUUAACCUCCUUGUGCUCCGUCUUUCGGGUGAGACGUAAUUGUAAGUGACUCUGCAGCUGAUGCAUAGUUCACAUACCCGAGUCUCUGUAAGUCGCCUUGGAUAAAGGCGUCUGCUGAAUAAACUAAUAAUAAUAAUAAGGGUGUCUAUUAAUUAAUAAUAAUGAAACAGACUAUCAAAGUGUUAUCAUCAAUGCAAUUAUAUCACAUUAUAAUAUAAUGUGAUAUAAUUAACAGCUGAUAGCUAAUGAAACAAAAAUUCACUAAUCUCCCCAAUCCUGCGUUUCCGUUCACUGUGUACAGCAGGUUUCAAAUGUGAAGCCCUUCAAUCACUGACUGGAGAUCUGUUUGAUGUGGCCAGAUAGUUAGUUAUAAGCAUCUGGUUGGAUCCAUUGGUGAAGUUUGAUUAGCAUAUUUCAACUAUGCCAAAGAAAAUAGCGCAAAAACGUGAUUUUCUUUUUCAACAGUGAAAAAACUUUACACCUCAAAGUAGAUGUCGUGUUAUUAAGAGAUCUGUUUUUCCCUUGUUUGAUUAUGGUUACACUUUAUUUUUACAUGCCUCUGUUGAGCAAUCAAAAAACUAGGCUUGCAUAAUGAGCAAAGCAGCCAUAUUUCUAUUAGAAUGCCAUCUUCAAACCCAUCACUGCCAGUUACCUGCUUCUUUAAAUUGGAUGUCGCUGACUUAUAGAAGGAAAUUGCAUUACACUGGGUACUUUAUGUAAAGCUGUAAUAUUUUUGUUGCCAAGUUACCUAGGCUCGAUGUUACAGGUAAAAUAUACCUAAGUACAGUUUACGAUGUAGUCUUACCCUUAUUUAUCAAGUGCCUUAGAUUGGUCCUGUGCUGGCCAAUCAGCAUUUAGUUACAGCGCCCCCUAUGGCAUGGAAUAGUAUGGGCCAGAUGGAACACAUAGAACAGUGUCUACGUUUAUUUUAAUGAGUAGGUUUCUAGAAUGAUCGCAGUGUAAAUGUGUCUGAUCCCAGAUUGAAUGUAUGAUAGUGUUGCUGUU